GGGGAGUACAGUCACCACCGGGACAGAGCGGCGAUGGCAUCCCGGGUUUCCUUCACCCAAAUCCGACUGGAAGCGGAGCUGGAGCGCUACCGGGCCGAGUGCCAGUGGGACAAGAUUCCGGCGAUCAUCGACCAGAUGCAGGCUGCGAAGUUUCACGAGGACGAUGACUACGGGACGCUGCUGAUAGCCGAGGCGCUGCUCGAGGAGUGCCUGCAGGAGAACAUGGACCUGUUACGGAGCUCCACACCAUUGAUGGACAAGACCCAACCCAGACUGUCCCGGGCCAAAGGCCACCUCAACACUAUCCUCAGCCGAGGCCGCCUCACGCCCCGGUAUUUGAAUGAGGCUCUGCUGCUCAUGGCCAAAGUGCACUACGUGCAGGGUCGAUACCGGGACGCCCAGGGAAUGUGUGCCAGGGUGGGACUAGAGGAGCUGACAAGGGAUGAGCAGCCAACCUACCAUCUCCGCCUCCUGGCUGAGGCUUUUGUCAUUAAAGGUCUGUCUCUGGACCACCAGACAGUUUCUGCAGUGUCUCGUCUGCGCCUGUCAGAGAGGGAGGAGGAGAGUCUGUCCUGUUUCCUCAGGGCCUGUGAUGCAGCUCUGUCCUACCUGCAGGAGCUCGAUAAGGUAGUAACAACACCACACACCAAGACAGCCAAAGCCAGUCUGCUUCCACCUGUGGACAUCGACCUGGGCUACUUUGUGCAGGCUGCGUUACAGAGCGCUUACCUUUGCCUGCUGCAGAGGGGUCAUCUUGCGCAGGGUGCUCACCAACUGCGUAGGGUGCUCAGGGUGGUGGAGUCACGAGGGUCUCAGAGCUUCAGAAAGUCUGCAGCGAGGAAGCUAGCAGAGGUGCUGCUGAGCUCUGUGAGUGAGGACAGCUACUGGCCCCCGCUGGGCCCCCCACCCACAGCCUGGCUCCACAGAGAGGGAGCCGCCGCCUCCAAAGAUGCCAUCUACCCCACUGUUAAACCACCCCAACGUUACAGCACUGACUGUUGCUUCUGUCCUCAGGACGUGGUGGAGGAGGCUGUGUUGCUGCUGCUCGUCACAGAGUCCAUGGCCAGCGGCGACGCGGUGAUCAGUCGUCUACCAGAACAGGCCGAAGCUCGCGAGGCCAGUCUGCAGGAUGCCACCUCUGUCUACGACCUGCUCACCAUUGGCAUGGCCAGGAGGGGGCAGUAUGACAUGCUUUCUGAGUGUCUGGAGCGAGCCAUGAAGUUUUCAUUCAACGAGUUUCACCUCUGGCACCAGCUGGGCCUGUCACUCAUGGCGGCCGGGAAGGGAGUUGGUGCUGUGUCUGUAUUUAAAGAGUGUGCCAAGAUGAGACCAGAGGACCCCUCAUUGCCUCUACUGGCUGCUAAAGUCUGCAUUGGUCAACUGCACUGGUACGAGGAGGCUGAGGCACUGUCGCAGAGCGUGGUGUCUAUGGGGGAAGAAGCUGGAGAAUUUCUACCCAGGGCCUACCUGGCUCUGGGACUUUGCUGCAGUCUACAGGCCUCUGAGGCCACUCUGAAAGCUGAUCGUAAUGAAUUCAACAAAAAAGCGCUACAAGCUUUGAGCAAGGCUCAUUCAUUAGACCCCCAGGACACACAGAUUGCCAUGUAUCUGGCUCUGCAGCUGGCACUUGUACGCCAGGUAUCAGCAGCCAUAGAGCCCCUGCAGGCAGCUUUAUCACUCCAGGGGGACGACUUACACUCCCUCCACCUGCUGACCCUGCUGCUGAGCGCCCAGAAACACCACCGUCAUGCUCUGGACACCCUGGGUUUGGCCCUCAGCCAACACCCCAGCAACUUCAAUCUCUUGUUCACAAAAGUGAAGCUUGAAGAGGCCCUCUUCGGCCCGACUGCAGCUCUGCAGACCUGUGAAGAAAUGCUGCAAGAAUGGCAAAGCCGCUAUGACGUCAGCCGCUCCAGUGAAACAGAUGACAGCAGCAGUAUACCGAUAGCUGAGAGGAUAGAGGUCAGCCCCGGAGGCAGGAAAUCCUCCAUCCACCUCACCCUGCCUGACUUCCAGGACACCUCCACUGGUUCGUUGAGCCCGUCCUCAGUUGCUGCGUCUCGCCUGGAAGCAGCACUCUCUGAGGUGUCGGACGUCAGCUCCACCCGUCGCCAAGGACCCACCUAUAUCUGGGCCACCCUGGAACGCAUUUGGCUGCAGGCUGGGGAGUUGUUCAUGGCGGAUGGUCGGCUAAAGGAGGCCCAGUUCUGCAUCACGGAGGCCAGCUCACUCUUCCCCAACUCACACUCGGUGCUACUGCAGCGGGGCCGCCUGGCUGAGCUCCGGGGCCAACUGGACGAAGCCAAAGGACUGUAUGACGAGGCCCUGGCCAUCAAUCCCACAGGAGAGUGUAUACUCGUGCAAAUGGGCCGUCUGCUGGUGAAAACAGGGCGUGUCCACCUCGGUGAGAAGGUCCUUCGUGAUGCGGUUCAAGUCCACAGCACCUCACAUGAAGCGUGGAGCGGCCUGGGAGAGGCUCUACAGUCUCGAGGCUCCAGCCAGGCCCCAGACUGCUUCAUGACAGCCCUGGAUCUGGAGGCUUCCUGCCCCAUCCGGCCCUUCACCAUCAUCCCCAGAGAGCUUUGAGGGGCCCAGGUUGGGGUGGAGUUUUGGGUUAAGUUUAAAGAAGAAGUAGCCUGUUGCUGGAUUAUAUUACACUGAUGUAGAUACAUAGAAAACUAGAGCUAAGUGGAAAAAUGUUCAUCAGUUUGACAAUUUGGGUAAAGGCCUGAUCGCUUUCUUGCCAAGAGCAUACAGUAAUGAGAACAUUGAUACUACUCUGUUUAUUAAAUAUGAAGCUACAGCAAGGAGACGGCUAGAAACAUUUUAGCCUAUAAAUCCUACGAUAAAACCACUUUACUCUUCAGUUUAUGUAUAAAUUAAACAUAAACAUAUAAUGUAAUUAAUGAAGCGAAGAGAUCACAAGUAGGCAUAUUUUUUUGUAAUCUUUGGACAGAGCCAAGCUAGCUGUUUCCCCCUGUUUCCAGUCUUUAUGCUAAGCUAAAUAACACCUGGAACUAGCGUGAUAUUUAAUGAACAGAUAUGACAGUGGUGUCACUCUUAUCAUUUCACUUUUUAGCAAGAAAGAGAAUAAGGGUAUUUCCCAAAAUUCAAAGUACUGCUGUAACAAGUAUAUUUUCAAUAAGUGACUUUCACUGUCACCCUGUUAAUUAUCUCACAUCUCAAAUGUCUAAUUGUCCUUAAAUAUUACAUUAGACUUCUUAGCAUCCAUCUUAAUCAGUUAGUUAGUGUGUGUUUCUUCUUGGUGUUGAAUAGUCACAGGAAAACAGUGACGUUAAUUUUGGAUUUCAAUGCUGUUUGUGCAGAAAAAGCAACAAAGGGGUUCAGAUUCUUGCAGAUAGCAGAGCGAUGUAUAGAGAAAAUAAUGUUCUGAUGUAAGUACUGUAACAAUGUACAUCUCCCAUGGAGUUAUAGAAGUAACAGCUCGUUUGCAAUCGAAGACAAAUGAUUAGUAAUGUGUUUAAUAAUGAUUGGGUAUGACUUGAAUGGUUCAAAGACGGCAGAGAUGUGCUGGUUACAUCUUGAGACGGACUCUAUGAUGUUGUGUUAUAUGUGGAAAUGCACAUACAUUGAUCAUGUAUAGGCUGUCAGUCACAGCAGCAGCUCCACUUCAUCUUCCCUUCAGCCUUUGAUGUAUUUUUGAUGAUCAAGUUGAUUGACGCAGCUUUUAUGUACGAGCACACGUGAACACCCCCGCCCUCUCAUCUUCAAAUGAGAACUCGUACAUCUUCUAGCAGGCGUGUUCACACAUCAUUCCAUAUGUCAUUGUUAUGUACGUGUGUGUGUGUGUGUGUGUGUGCGUGUGUGUUGUGCUUCCACGUUAUGUAUCUCCAUGCAUGUGUCUUUGUUUUAAAGCAUCCCUCUGGGGUAAUUAUCAGUCCCUGUUCUGUUUGUUCUGUUUGUAUGGUACAGUAGGCGACUCAUUCGUUCAUAAUGUGUGUGUUGUUUUUGUUUUUUUGACUCAUCUUGUCGUAACACUCUCCAUUAUAAACAACAAUGGCUUUUAAAAAAUCA